GAUAAUGCCUCAAACAACGAUACUUGUUUACAAACUCUGGCUAAGGAAUUUAACUUCAACUUUAACACAUCUCGUCUACGUUAUAUUAGGCAUAUCAUUAACCUUAUUGCUCGUUUAAUUAUCUUUAGAGCAGAUCCUAAUGCUUUUAAAGCAACCCUCUUAAUUGAUCUAGAAGAUAUUAAGGCUUAG